CCACCCGCCAGACUUGAUCACCAACAGGGGCCCAGUCAGCUUGGUGCAAAGUUGGUGGCCGCCUUCCACGGGGCCGUUCCCUUUUCCUAGCUGCCAUCCUCCCCCAGAGCCUGCUGGCCACCGCCUUCAGCACGUGUGUCGCCAGGCUUGGCUAGCCCAGUGGCGCGUCCCGGGACGCCCCUCGCCCAACCUGCGUAGUAGGCGCGCGCUGGGGGCGUCUCCCCGCACCCUUUCCUUUCCCAGGGGCUGGAGGGCCCGGCUCCGCCCGGUUGCCGCCACGCGUGAGCUCCCGGCUGCCCUGGGCUGCCGCCGUUGCCCCUAGCCCCGCUCUCCAGCACGCGCGGGGCAGCGAGGGGCGCGGGAGGCUAGCGCAGGGCGGAGAGCCGCGCGGAGGGGAGGCCGGGAGGGGGGGGGCAGAGGAGGAGAGAGCUGGGGAGCUGGGGAGCAGAGGCGGGCGCCGCACCGUUCGGCGCCCCGCACGCUCGCCGGCUCCGGAGACGCGCGGGCGGCCGCCUGGGCGCACCGGCCGGGUCACCUUGUCCGGGAGGAGAAAUGGGUCCCAUGAGGCAAGUGUGACCCUGGAGUGCAGACUGCCAGCCUGACGCCCAGUCAGGGAGGGAGAGCAUCAUGGAUGGCAUAAUUGAACAGAAGAGCAUGCUGGUGCACAGUAAAAUCAGUGAUGCUGGCAAGAGGAAUGGCUUAAUUAACACAAGAAACUUCAUGGCCGAGAGCAGAGAUGGCCUGGUGUCCGUUUACCCAGCACCACAGUACCAGAGCUGUCGGGUAGUGGGUAACACAGCUCCAGCCAGCCUGGAUAACAGCAGGAAUGAGCCAGUCCAGCAACUGCUGGACCCCAACACACUUCAACAGUCUGUGGAGUCCCAUUUCCGACCCAACAUUAUCCUCUACUCAGAGGGCGUGCUGCGCUCUUGGGGGGAUGGCGUGGCUGCCGACUGUUGCGAGACCACCUUCAUUGAGGACCGGUCACCCACCAAAGAGAGUCUGGAGUACCCUGAUGGGAAGUUCAUCGACCUCUCAGCUGAUGACAUCAAGAUCCACACCCUCUCAUAUGAUGUGGAGGAGGAGGAGGAAUUCCAGGAGCUAGAGAGUGACUACUCGAGUGACACAGAGAGCGAGGACAACUUCCUCAUGAUGCCCCCAAGGGACCACUUGGGCCUCAGCGUCUUCUCCAUGCUCUGCUGCUUCUGGCCUUUAGGCAUCGCGGCCUUCUACUUGUCCCAUGAGGUGCACAGGUGCUGAGCUAGUCACCUGGGUAUCAGCAACCUGAGGUUCUAUCCCGUUAUCGCCGGAGGGCUGCCCCUCCUCCACGAACACAGGAGCAUUGACAAUAUAGCAGGAAGACUCUCUGUGGCCUGCACUGACCUGACACCAAAAGGAAAGUGGUGGUAUAAUAAGCUGACAUCCAGCCUUUAUCCUGUACUGGGCAAGAGCGUCACGCUUCCAUGGAGUGAGAACUACAGUAAGAGCAUUGUCUUAAAUUCAAGCUGGGCAGGAUGCAAUGUGCUUUAUGGGCACCUAACUCUCACAAAGGCCCUAUAAAAUGAGGUAGCAAUAUUAUCACCACUGCACAACUGGCAAAGGUGGAUAGACCCUGUUGACAUCAGGGUCUGUGCUAUUUAUGAAUCUUUCAGAUAACACUCAGAGCCACUUCUGCAGAGGAAGUUUACCAUGGAUAACAUUUCAUCCUCAUGAGGACCACUGGCCAAGACACAGGUUCUCUUGGGCCCAGCAAGUAAGGAAGCAGAAGCUUAGCAAGUUUGUUUAUUCAGGAUCACAAUAGCAGGUUCACUGGCACACCAAAAGGGGGGUCCUGGGGGUGAGGCUGUACAGAAUCACUGCAGCGCCAAGAGAGUUCUUCUGUACCGGCAUUUGGUACUGAGAAGUUCUAACUCAGUCUCAUCCAUGAUCACUUUAUUUUUUUAAUUUAAUGCUGAUUGAUUUGAGUUCCCAUGUAAAAAUGAUCUUUUAUUAAUUUUCUUAUCAGUCCCCAUUUAUCCUUCCAACAAGAACAAGUUUGUGGCUUGAAAAAUUAUCCCAAUGUUGUUUGUUGGAAGAAUCAGCCAAUUGAUUCCUUUUUUAAGUCUUCCUUUAUUACAACAUUCAGCUCUCCAAGUGUGGGAUAUAUUGUUAUACAUUUCUGAAAGUCAGAAAAACGGAAAGGGACUGGAAAGAAAAUAACUCCAAAUACAGGCAAUGACUAGCUUUUCUCUCCU